AUGCCGCGCUUAGUCAUGUUGAGCGCCUCCACGCUGUCCGCGAGCAUCCUGCGUGCCACAUUCAGGUACGCCACAUUUAUGGGAUUCAUCUUUUUUGGCAUUAAGGGCAAUCGAACCGAUGGCUGCCUGGUUGCACAGAAUCGCUACAGGUACAAGGGCUUCUGUAUUUUAUCACGGAUACUGGUGUGUGUUCUGUAUGGAUACUUGAGCAUUGUGGAUAUUCUCUGGGUAUUGGACAACACGCAUUUGACGAUACUGGCAUGCAUUCGCCUGGGUUGCAACAUCAUCUGCGCCUUCGUCAUUCUGAUGAUGCAGUUUUGGUUUGGCCAACGGGUGCUUCGUUUGGUCAACUGUUAUUUCCGGCUAUUUCGGAAAGUGAAUGCACUGCCUGGCUGCGAGGAUGUGGGCUUUGGCGGCAGGCGUGAAUUAACUCUGCUCUUCUUCAAGGUGAUCUGUCUGCUAAGUCAGAUCUUUUGCGAACUUCCCCAACUGUAUUCACAGUUUAGCCUCGAGGCAUGUAUUGAAGUAAUUUGCGAAACAUACACUGAUGUGGGUGGCUCCAUGAUCGGACAUAUGUGCUUUGUGGGCUACCUCAGCAUUGGGGCCCUGUACGCCCAGCUCAAUCGAUAUGUGCGACACGAGCUGCGACGCCAGCUACGCUCCCUGGAGCAGCCCAACGGGUGCCAGGCGGGUCGACGCGAGUUGAAAGCGGCUGGCUGCCGGCUGGAUGAGUGCCUGUCCAUCUACGUGGAGAUCGAGCGGGUUGGCAGCGCCUUUCAUCGCCUCAUGGAAAUACCACUUUGCCUCAUCCUGAUGUUCUCCUUUUUGAGCAUGGCCGUCGUCUCGUACUACAUAAUGUUGAAUAAAUUUCGCGAUUUCUCUCUGUGGUUGCUUGUGAUAAGAUUAUUCGUCGAUGUCGUCCUGCUCACGUUGGCGAUCCAUGGAGCGUGCAGCAGUUCCCGAGUAGUUCGCAGGCUCAGCUUAGAGAAUUGCUAUGUGAGUGAACGCAAUGAUUGGCACAUGAAGAUGGAGAUGUUCUUGAGUCGCUUAAAUUUAUACGAGUUUCGCGUAUGUCCACUGGGAUUAUUCGAGAUAUCGAACGAGCUGAUUUUGGUCUUUCUGUCUGGCCUGGUCACCUAUCUAACCUAUAUACUGCAGUACAGCAUGCAGACGAACCAAAUUUAAAGUGGUUUAUGAGUUAUGCAACUAAUUUA